GAUAUGAAAAGUGAUAAGAGCAAACAAUCUAAUGUUAGUUUUUCGGGCAAAUUUGUCCCAGCUGAAGCGACCGAAACCUUAAUUUCAGAAAAAUUAAGCAAAAAAGCUGCAAAACGAUCUAGAAAACGUGAAAAAAGGCAAAAUGAAAGAAUUAAUAGCGCUCCGGAACAGAAAUGGCGCAAGAUAUCGUUAUCAAAUCCACCACCAAUAAUACCUGCUAAUAUAGAAGAGGAUAUCACAGAAGCGACGCGAUCAGAUAAUAAAAAAAAGCGUAAACGAAAAAAUGCGGUUCAGGGAAAUAACUCUAAUAAUGAUAAUGAUUUUGUUGAUAUUCAUUCUCUUGAAUGGUCUGAAGUAGCUUGUCCGGAAUCAAUUUUUAUGGGAGAUGAUUUAGGAGGUUUUUUAUGUUUAGAGGAAAUAGAUUAUGUUGAUGUUGAAUAUGAAAAUAAUGAAGAAACCCAAGGAAAGACGAUUAAAUUUAAGAGAAUCAAAAGUGAUGAGAAAUCAUCAAAUGCGAAAACUAAAAAUUUAUGCGCUAAACCAGAAGAACCAUUAACAAAAGAAGAGUCAUCCAACUAUUAUGACUUGGAUACAUUUGAUGAAAGUCUUCUAUUGGGAGAAGAAAUGGAUGAAUCUUCGCAAUCCGAGGAAGAUGUAAUCUCACAUGAUAAUUCUGAUAAUAAUGAAGGCCAAGAUAAUGAGAGUGAUAAAUAUGAAAAUGAUGAAUCCAUCAUUAAUAAUUCGCAAUCAAAUAGCGAGGAUGAAAUGGAUAUCGAUUCGAAAAAAGAGGAAGAUAAUAAUUUGAAAAAUCAGAGUGCAAGCACGAAUAUUAAUCAUAAACCGAUCGCGAAAGGACCGGGUCAGAAUGCAAUUGAAGAAGAAAUUGAUAUUUCUGCAUGGAAUCAGUUCAACCUUUCUCCUACCAUCAUGAAUGGGUUAAAAGCACUUCAAUUUGAUAAACCUACACCUAUUCAAGAAAAGUCUCUCCCUUUUAGUAUGUCUGGACGUGACGUUGUAGGUGCAGCUGAAACUGGUUCUGGAAAAACGCUUGCUUUUGGAAUUCCUAUAUUAGAAUACAUAAUUAAUCGAAAUAUUAAAGAAUCCAAGAACCAACUUGCAGCGCUUAUUUUAACGCCUACAAGAGAAUUAGCUAUGCAAGUCAGAGACCAUCUUCUAACCAUUAGCAAAACUUCUUUAAUUAAGAUAAUGGUGAUUGUUGGAGGAAUGUCUGUUCAGAAACAACAGCGAUUGUUGUCAAAGCAUCCGAAUAUUAUUGUCGCUACGCCUGGACGUUUGUGGGAGCUAUUCUCUGAAAAUGAUGCGUAUCUUGAUAGCUUGCGACGCAUAAAAUUCUUGGUAUUAGAUGAGGCAGAUAGGAUGCUCGAAACCAACCAUUUCGAAGAGUUAAAUCAUAUUUUAACUGUUCUAUCAAGAACUAGAAUUAACACUAAUGAGUGGGCCGAAGGCGACAUGAAAAAAACUGAGGACUGCAUCAAUGACCUACCUCCUCGUCAAACUUUUGUAUUUUCUGCUACGCUUGAUAGCAAGUUGAAAGAAGACCUGAAGCGAAAGAAAUCAUACAAGAGAAAAAAAGAUUCUGUGGGGACAAUGACUGAAUUAAUGCAUCGGCUCGAAUUUAGCGAUCCUGAUCCAGCUUUUUUGGAUAUUACACCGGAAGAGGCAGUUGCCGAAAAAUUACAAGAAUCCAAAAUUGAUUGUCUGACCAAAGAGAAAGAUUUACACACGUAUUAUUUUAUUACGCGAUAUCCUGGACGGACUCUUAUUUUUGUUAACAGUAUUACUGCCAUUCGACGUCUUAUACCAAUCAUGAAAUUAUUAAAUAUUGAAGUUUUUGGUCUCCACGCACAAAUGCAACAAAGACAGCGGUUAAAGAAUUUGGAUAGAUUUAAGCAGAACCCUAAAGCUGUUAUGAUUGCAAGUGAUGUCGCGGCUCGUGGUUUAGAUAUUCCAUUGGUUGAACAUGUUAUACACUAUCAGCUACCGCGUUCUAGUGAUAUAUAUGUUCAUCGAAGUGGCCGUACAGCCCGUGCAAGAAAAGAAGGUAUAAGUUUGAUGCUGUGUAGCCCCGAAGAACUGAGCUUAUAUCGGAAGUUAUGCUUGAAACUAAAUAAAGCUGACGGCUUGACAAAUUUUCCUGUUGAUAGAGGCAUAUUAAAUUCAAUGAAAAAGAGAAUUGAUUUUGCAAGGCAAAUAGACCAAGAGGAACAUAAAAUGCAAAAG